UCCAUCUCCCACGCGCGCCAUUCAACCCCACCGGCCAUUCGUGUUGGAAGCUUGCAGAAGGGCACCCUGGCUUGCUCCCUGUAACUCGUCUGUAGGGUUUUAGACCUCUUCCAUCCGCCAUUCUUCUUCUACGCGCGCUUUACCAGACUCGAGGUUUGUACUCUAAGAAGGGUUGAACUUUUUGGAUUUCAUGCAUGCCAUAAAGGGUGGGUGGCCAGGGUGUCCUCUUGCCCUAGCCAAGUACAAUGAGUCUGAAGGGAGGAAGACCAGAAUUCGGCGUUCGAAGGAGGAAAGGAAGGCAAUGGUUGAAGUCUUCAUAAAAAAGUAUCAGGAAUCAAAUAAGGGAAGUUUCCCUUCACUCAACCUUACUCACAAGGAAGUUGGUGGAUCUUUCUAUACAGUGCGGGAGAUCGUACGUGAUAUAAUCCAAGAAAAUAGAGUUCUUGGUCCAGGAAAGUUGUCACUAGAAGAGCACAGCACGGAUCAUUUACUUGAAGAGAAUCCACUGCACUCAAUUGCUAUUGAACCUCAAUCUCCUUUAACGUCGCCCUCAGAGGAAUUUGAUUUUCCAAUCAACCACAACCAUUGUAUAAAUGAAGAACCAAUCAUUGUUUCAGAUGAGGAGCAAUACACUUCAAAAAAUAUUCAGGGAUCACAGAAUGGGGUCAUAAUUAACGGCAGCCUGGUGGAUGCCAGUGACAAGGAUUCUGAUGAAGUUAUCCAGACAGAGUUGCUAGUAAAUGAACACAAGAAAAUAGAGGAAGUGUUGAAAGAGGAAUCAGGAAUGCCUAUUAAUCAUGUAACUCCUUUGGCUGUAGAUGUCAAGGUAGGGACAUUCCCGUUGGAUUCAUUUUCUUGGGCUGCUAAUGGUUCAGAUGUAAUAUCUGAGACUUUGAUUUCAACCGAUGCCUCGGAAAAGAAAGUUAGUCAACCCAUCGAGUUAGAAUCAGAUGUUAUCUUGUUUAACAGUGAAGAUAAUAAUUCCACGAAAGCUUCUGGUCGUGCAGAUGAAAAGGCAUUAUCAGAAACAAUGUCUGAUUUGGUGGAGGUAGCACAAAUUGUUGAAGUCACUAAUGGAACUGUGAUGAAAGAUGGUCGCAUACAUGAAGUUGAGGGUCCUGGGUUGGAAAUUUGCACUGAUACUCCAAUAUCUGUGACCUUUGAACAAGGCCAGAAAUCUAGUGAAAUAAAGGCUCCGAAUGCUUCUCCGAGCGGUACCAAGAAUCUCAACGAUUCACGCAACAAUGGCAUCGAUCAGGCUUCAAAAAUCAAAGAGGAGACAGAGGUUAAAAAUAAAGUAGAGGCAGAACAGACUGGUGGCUCCCAGAAAGAAAGCAUUCCAACACUAAAUAGACUUAAUCUCAAAUCAUGGCAUGGGACGUCAAAAGAUUCUUCAAAACCCGAAAACAACCCGCUUUUGGAAAUCCUCAACGCAUUCAUUGCUGCCUUCGUGAAGUUUUGGUCCGAGUAAGUUCUAUGACUGUCAAUCGAAUAGAUAGAGAGUAGUAGUUAAUUUUUCCUGCCACAGAACCUGUCUGUCUGUGUACCAAACCUGCAAUCGGUUACCCCGUCGCCUCCACUCGGUCCCAUUGUCGAUAUUUAUGAAGAGAAAACUGGAGGUGGGUUGGCAUUUCUGUACCCUGCAGUGUGAAAGAAAGCUUAGGAGUAGCCUAAAAGCCUGUAGAAGGGAUUUUCUUCUCUUUUUUUACUGUAAGCAUGAGAUGAUGAGAUACAUGUCGUCCCCACCGCCAUGGUUUUCUUCUAGAAAUGAAGAUUUUGCUCUAAUUAAUGCAUUA